CCUUCUCCCUUUCCUUCUUCUCGACGGCUGGAUCCCCCGCAGGCGGCCGCUUCCUAACCCUAAUCGAUCGAAUUCCUCCGGUCCAGCAAUGGCGCUGUCGUUGUCGCCGCCGCCGCCGCCGCCGCCGCAGGACCGGUGGUCCAUCCUUGCCCGAAUCCCUAAGGUUGUGAAGGACAAGGAGGCGAAGCGCACCUUCCCACCUGGCGCCGACGUCUCCGUCGCCUGCGACGAGCCCCCGCUCGCCUCACUCCUCACCGUGCCGCUCCGCAUCUCGCCCCCGCCCUGCCUUUCCAGCUACCCCUACGUCGCUGCCGCGGACUCCUCCGGCCUGCUCCUCCUCUGCGCCACGGAGCCUCAUGCCGAGGUCACCUACCACCUCUGCCACGCGCGCACCGGCGAGGCCACCCGCCUCAGCGAGCGCCCCGUGGACUUCUACGGCGCCAGAGCCAGCGUCGGCCUCAUGGUGAAGGGCGGCAGCUGCGUUGUCGCUGAGCUCAAGCCCGCCACCGACGGCACCGGCCGGGCCGCGCUCCUCUGCUACACGGUGGGGCAGUACAAGUGGGUCGUGAAGGAGCUCGACUGCUCGCCCCCGCUGCACCAGGAUUGGUCUGAAGAGGCCGUCGUCUCCUACGGCGGGAUGCUCUGGUGGGUGGAUCUCUCAUACGGCCGCCUCCUCGCCUGCGACCCCUUCACCGACAAACCGGAGCUGCUACACGUCCCGCUUCCGCCAGUCCUCGACCAGCUGCCCGUAGAGUCGUAUACGCUCAACUGGGGCGCUCACCACUGCGUGAUGGUGAGCGGUGGAAAGCUCAGGUACGUGCAGAUCCACGGCAGUCCGGACGCGCCAUUGGUGAGCACGUGGGCGCUCACCGAGGCUAGGAAAUGGAAUCCCGAGCGCAAUGUACCCUUGCAUGACAUCUGGGUGGAGGAGAGCUACCUUGACACCAUGCUGCCAUGGAGCAUCCCUGCACUUGCGCUCCUCCACCCUGCAGACCCCGACAAGCUCUACUUCUUCCUUGGAUCCUGCAUCUUUGCCGUGGACCUGCGGCGGAGGAAGGUUGUGGAAUUCAGUGAAUUUGUUAUGCCUGACCCAGCAAACCACUACGUCAUGCGAUCUUCCCACCUAGUCCAGGCAUGGCAAUAUGAUCCUUCAAGCACCCGGUGUGACUCUGUCCUGACAUGCUUGAGGCAGGAGAAGGAGAUUGCUGCUCGGAGCAGCAGGGCUGGGCGUAAAAUUGGUAAUUCAUUGAAGAGGUAUAGGGAUAAUUUAAUCAUGCAGCAACAGAACGAUAUAAAGAUAUACAACCCACUCUACAAGGAGACCAUGGAUCUUGCCAGGAAAAAAGAGAGAAGAGUAGGCCGUAGACGCAGGCAAGCUCCAUGAUGGCCCACAUGGUGCAUCUCAUACUGUCUUCUCUAAUAAAAAAACACAAUUUCUAAUUGUUGGCUGACCACGAUCUGAAUUCCAGCAAGCUCACAGUCUUGGUUGCGUGAUGCGCAUCUUGCAUCCCUCGUAGGCGGGACCACCAUCCUCUACUGUCAUUUUUUUUUUGUCUCUGACUUCCUCUCCCAUUGCCGUUUACCAGAGCAAUGCGCACCUAGAUCCCUAAAACCUAGUUCUGCCUACCGCUGGGCGGUGUGCAAGGCGGACGCGGACUCGCGGUACGCGCAGCUUGGUGGACUCGCGCUUCGCGGGGGACCCUGAUCUCCACCUCUUUUCCGUCUUCGUCGACCAAGGCCCCUCUGGGUCAAGCUGUACCGAGUUUGUGCCGGACCGCUCCCGUGCCUCCUCUUUGCCGUGAUGGAGGAUGCCGGUGGCAGCGUUCAAGGAGGCAACGGUGGGGGCCAAUGCAGAGAUGAAUGCGGCGGCCACCGUCGAUGACUCCAUGAGCAGAACCACCGCCGUGCGGCAGCAGCACCAUUUUUGUCGGCAAGCGCGUCUCAAGCUCAACGUCACCGCCUUCCACAUCAGCCAUGGUCAUCUCAUCUGAUUUCUGUUGCUGAUUUUAUAGAAAGACGCAGUGGAAAAUGGAAAUCUGGAUCGUGAUAUUGGUAUUGAUUAACAGGCACACAAUUACUAAGCUAGAAUUAUUUGUGUGCCUUUAAAUCAAUACUAAGCUAGAAGUAAUUGUGUGCCUGUUAAUCAAUACUAAGCUAGAAGUAAUUGCGUGAAUUUUGAUGCAACUAAAAACCAAGCUGGAAGUAAUCAUGUGAACUUUGUUGUAACUCAAAACAAAUUCAAUAUUAGCCGAGAAGUACUUUUGUGUGGAUUUGAUGUAAGUUUAUACUAAGCUAGAAGUAAUCUGGUGUGCAUUUGAUGUAAGUUACAAAUAAUUCUGUGUUGACAGGUUUUAUCUCUUGCCAGAAGUAUUCUUUUGUGUGGCUGAGAGUAAUUGUGGCAUUGAUUAGGCAUAGUUUAGCUGUAGCUUGCAUGGAAGUAACUUUAUAGUUUACC